CGGAGCGAGCCCGCCGGCGGCCCAAAGUCCGCAGAGAGCGAGGGCAGGCGCCGCCCGGUGGUGCCCCUAGCAAUUACCGCCGGCGGGGAGAAUAAGAACCCGGCCGAAAAGGGUAUGCGCCCCGCAGGCGGGGUCGUUGCGCCGGGCGCUUUGGCCCUCGUAGGUUACUUGGUUGGGGUGGCGCGCUAUGUUUGCAUUGCCCCCCCCGGUGGCCGUGCGGCUGAGAUCUUCGUCCUGUUCCCGGGGCUUUGUUGCACGCGCGUGGUGCUCGUUGUUCGUUUGGGUUGGCGACCCCCCGUCGCGCAAUGGCCCUUCCUUGGAGCCUGUG